CAAGGAUGUGCUACUCCACUAGUCAUAAGACACUACUAGUCUCAUCUAGUAGCGACUCGACGUUAUUCAGUUAUAUUAUAUCUGUCUUUUCCUCGACGAUAAAUCCGAUAACAAAAAGUUGAGUUACAAACACACGCAGAGAGAAAGAGAGUGUAUGUAGAGUAGACUGUAGAGAGACCGAGGAACGAAGGAGGGAGAAAUUGUAGGUUUUUCAGACAUGGGAGCUUUGGCUCCAAUCUCUCCAUGGAUUCCUGAAGAUGAUCUCUUGCUAAAGAAUUCAGUCGAGGCUGGGGCUUCACUGGAAUCACUCGCUAAAGGAGCAGUCCGGUUCUCUCGUCGAUUUACUCUUCAUGAACUGCAAGAGCGGUGGUAUUCUCUCCUCUAUGAUCCAGUUGUUUCAGAACGCGCUUCUACUCUUAUGGCUGAGCUUCUAAAAUGCACGUCCAAUCUUUCCUCAAAAUCCGAAAAACUUGGUGUUUCCAAAGAUUCUCAAGGGGUUUCUGGGAAAAGGAAAGAAGAAAGUAUUUGCGGCCUUUAUUAUGCUAUGAGAAAGAGAAUUUGUACUGAACCUUGCAGUUCUAUUGACUUAGCUUAUCUUGUUGCACCUAGUCUUCGUAAAUGCACUGGUAAUGGAGAAGUCUGCCAAGACGAGUUCAGACAGCUCAAGGAGCAACAAGAUGAUAGAUGUGUGAUUGGCGAUCCUAUUACAGAAGUCUUUGAACUUCAGGAUUCAGAUUUUGAUGUCGUUCGUCAUGCUUUUCCACAAAUUGCACAUGGGGACAAUGUCGAAGGUAAUAUUUGUCAGAACAACCAUGCCUUUCAUUAUGGACAUAUGGGUUCAUUUGAAGGCGAUCUUCCGGAUGGAAUGAUGGAUAGAGACUGCUUGUAUGGAUUUUCAGAAAAUGUACCUCCCUUUUCUGUAACUGAAGCAGUAGGAAAUAAUAUGGGGCAUUCGUUUGACCAGCAUUUGCAUAAAGAUAUUCCUGAUGUUCUUGGAGGAAGUAUGUCGGUCUUUGAAAAUAAUGCUGGUGUUCAAAAACUUAGAUGUCCUGGUGAGCUGCCAGUUUCUGCUUAUGAUUCAAUCACCAAUAAUCCACAAAAUGUUUGCUCUGGUUUUGAAGGAAAUCAGGACUUCAGUUCAACUGAUUUAGAUUGCGGUCCUUCAUUUCACCAGCUUGGAUUCUCUUCUUCGACACCGGCAAUGCCUGAAAUCACUAUGCGGACCAUGCAAAUUGACGAUAACCUCGGUGAUAAAGAUAAGAGUGCAGGGUGCCGGUUGGCACUCCCUCCUGAUGGUGGUAAUAAUCAUGUACGCACAGGGUGCCAGUUGAAAGAAAGAGAAAGUGGUGAUCUGUUAGCUAAUUCAACUGCCUUAUUAGAAGGUGACCUUGCAGAUCUUUCGGAUAUGAACUUCACACAUGAGGAUGUGCUUCUUUUUAUGGAUGAUGAUAGUAAAGACAUGCUGGAUAAGUCUUGUCUAGAUGGUAUAAGUUCAGUUCUUUUCAGCUCUCCAGAUGACACUCAUCGUAAUGUUAUAUCUGACAUUAGUGGCGUUAGAGCAUCUACAAAUCUAGAAGGGUUUACAAUUGCUAAUGUUGCACGUUCCUUGGAAUUGGAUGUCGGGAAUGACCUAGUGAGUUCUGGUCAACUGGUUUGUGAUUCUAAAAUCGACAUGUCCACUACCGCAAGAGCCACAAAUCUUAAUUUUCCGGAAUACUGUAAUGGGGUUAUUUGCUGCGUGCUGAACACUGAGGACCCUGACAUCCCAUGCAAUGAUAAUGAUUUUACACCAAAUCAGGUUCUUCCGUCAUUUGUUACCUCUAGCAUGCAACUCAACCAUGAGGAUAGUUCAGUUCCCCAGUCCACCAAGGACCUUCCAACAGAGAAUCAAAAGAUUAGUGAACAAGGAUCACACCUUGUCAAUGAAGGACAUCAAACUUCUGGAAUUGUAUCCUCGCAGAAGAUAGAACCGCAGAAGAUAGAAGUAGAACCACAGGUGUUUCCUGAAGUUUCUCCAAGUCACUCAAUCAAUGCCUGUACAGUUAUUUCAGAAACGGUUGACAGUGACACCAGACGUCAAGGUAAUAGUGGGGGAGACCCAAGUCAAUGCAGAUCACUGCUUCCUUCUCAAAACUCCAGUGCAGCUGUGGAAUUGAACAAAGAGUAUGAACAAGUUGAACUUGGGAAACACGGUGAAUUUGAAAACUUUCUUCUUGAGAAGCAAAUCCAUGCUUCUGAUCAUUUAAACAACCAACCCGAAGUUAAUAUUGAUGACAGUAAGCAGGAGGACAAUAUUCCUGACACAAUUCAAGUUCAUGCUGAAUCAAUUCCGGUUGAAAUGGAAUUUCAAGAACAUACGCUGAACCCGAAGCUACCAGAUCAGGAACAGCAGUUUUCCGAGAUGGAUGAUGAUAUACCUUCUUUUUCUGAUGUUGAAGCAAUGAUACUUGAUAUGGACUUGGAUCCUGCGAAUGAGGAUUUGCAUUUAAGUACGGAAGUCGCAAGCUAUCAGUACGAGGAUACAAAGAGAUCAAUCAUAAAGUUGGAACAAGGUGCCAAUUCUUAUAUGCAAAGAGCUGUGGCGUCUCAAAAAGCCUUUGCAAUAUUUUAUGGCCGUCAUUUGAAGUAUUACAUUAAGAAACCCGAGGUCUUGCUUGGGAGAGGAACAGGAGAUGUUAGUGUUGACAUUGAUCUGGGAAGGGAAGGGCGUGCUAACAAAAUAUCUCGACGGCAGGCGAUUAUAAAGAUGGAGAAAGAUGGAUCUUUUUACUUGAAGAAUUUAGGCAAGUGCUCGCUUAUGGUCAACGGUACAGAACUACCUGGUGGACAUCGCCUGAAGCUCAGUUCAAGUUGUCUGAUCGAGAUAAGAGAGACGAAAUUCCUGUUUGAGGUGAAUCAUUAUUUGGUAACACAGUACUUGGCAAAAACUGCUAGAAAGACCCGACAUCCUGUAAACUAAAGUCAAUUUGCUUGGAGGUGCCUCCUUAUGUAUGUCUAUGCUGCGAGGGUAAGUUAUAUAUUUGUAUGUUGUUUAAUAUUAUGCUCAUGUAAAAGUAGCAUCACUAAUUACUUCUCAGAUAUGUACAUAUAACGAUCUAUUUCUGAAUGUAUGAUAGUCUGACCUUGCUGAUUCCUGGUUUGGGAGUGCUUUUCCUUUUAUCUUUUCAAGUCA